AAUAUUUAUUAUUUUAAAUUGUUAAUAAACACCUUUUGGCCACCAAAACUAAAUUAAUUCUAUGUAUUAUUAACGCUUAUCACCUACCAGUAAUUUCCUUUCUUUUUUCUAAAAAGUUACACUUUUUUGUUUCACUUAACUCUUUGACACAACACAAUGGCCGAAGUGACCUCUAUUAAAAAUUCUGUAAAUGGCUUGGCGGACUUCUUCAAGCAGCACAUGGCUGAAUUUCAAACUAGCCUCAGCAAAGCAGACCCAGCCAACCCUACGGUUGCAUCAGUGUCAUCAAGCUUCGCCGCCUUCAAGGAGUUCGUACUGAAGGCUCUUGAGACCCUCCAGAAGCAAGUGGAUGUAGUGACCCGCCAAGUGGAUCAAAUUGAGACGCGCUCCCGUCGCAGCAUGCUGCUGGUGCAUGGUAUCGCAGAGGCAGAGUCUGAGGAUACAACGGUCCUGGUGGUCAAUGCACUUCAGGCGACCCGGGAUGACUUAGCAGCAGCACACAUUAAGCGUAGCCGACGCCUGGGCGCGCGCAGCGGCCGCGACAAGAAACCACGCGUUGUUCUUGUUGAAUUUAAAGACACUGCAAUCCGAGACGACGUGUGGUUCAACAAGGUGGAACUGAAGGGCUCCGGGGUGACACUGGGUGAGUUUUUAACUAAGCCCCGUCACGCUGCGUUUAUGGAGGCCCGCGAGCGAUUCGGGGUCCGCAGCUGCUGGACGUGGAAUGGCGACGUGUUUGUCCUCGGGAGGGAUGGAGUGAAGCGCCGUGUGAACUGCAUGGCUGAAGUUAAAUCGCUCCCGUCUUCAACUACGCCGCCUACUGCUGCUGAGACUGCGCCUGCGGAGCCGUCUGUGGCUGCAUCCUCGAGCUCGAUCACCAAGCCAGCUCCCCAAGCAAAGCAAGAGCCCAAUAAAAGGUCCAAACGCGGAGUAUCGAAGACCUGA